AUGUAUAUCACUGUUAAUCAUAUUUGGUUUAUGAUCGAAGUUGUGACUUUUCCUCCUGUAUUCCAUAAACAGAAUUCCGAUUUUCCAUGUUUAACUGUUAAAUCAGCUGCUAAAACUAAAACGAAUCGUCAUAAUAGCAAAUAA